GCCUUCCUCUUUGUCAAGGCUCUGAAGGAAGUGAAUGCUAAACUUAAAGAGCUUUACCCUGAGAGUGAGGAGCUCUUUAAGGUCAUCCUCAUCAGUGACAACUCAUCAGACUCACUCAGCGGGGCUAUCAGAAAACAUGGGCUGCAAGACCUCAUUACUCCUCUGGCUGUGAGUGAAGACGAUCUUAUUAGUGAGUUAGAGGGACACAGUGCCCACCUCUACCUGUCUGCUGAACCAGGGCUGAAGGUUCAAGAAGCACUGAACCAAGGCAUAGCAGCAGCUAUCAUGAAGAGCCCAGACGACAUCAAGACGCCUGCAGAGAAUCAGCUGCGUGUUGCCUUCGACGGCGAUGCUGUCCUCUUCUCCAAUGAGUCGGAGCGAGUUUUCCAGAGUGGAAAACUACAAGGAUACUUGGAGCACGAGAAGAAAAAGGUUGAAGAUCCAAUGAAUCCGGGGCCAUUCAGGAAGUUGUUGGAGGUUUUGGAAAGACUGAAGACGAAGCUUCAGGAUAAAGGCCUGUACAGGGACUGCCCCAUUCGUACCUACCUGGUGACGUCUCGUGGUGCGGGCUGUGAUGGUUACAGGGCCUUGAACACUCUGCGCAUGUGGGGUCUGGAGAUGGAUGAGGCUGUCUUUGUGGGAGGGAGUAACAAAGGUCCCACCCUGGAGAAGAUCAGGCCCCACAUCUUCUUUGAUGACCAGCAGCGCCACAUUGAAGUUGCAUUGGAGGUUGGCACCGUGGCAUGUCAUGUGCCCACCAGCUCACAGUAACCAAGAGAGAACCAACGGCUGAUUAUAUUGUAGCUGACAGAGAGAUGUGAACGACAUGCUCCUAUAAUUUCUGAAAGAAGCAAUAAAUAAACAAAUACAAUAAACCUG